AUGGCUGAUAUAAAUAGUACUUUUGAUGAUUCUGAAAUGCUCAAAGCUCUCUACGACUUCGAAGCAACGUUAGCGAAGACACUGUCUUUCUGCGAAGGCGAGUUUUUCUUUCUUCAGCAGAGUAAUACAAAACAGCGAAAUUGGUGGCAUGUUGUUAAUAGAAAAGGUCAAGUGGGAUUCGUGCCUUCAAAUUACGUUGCAGCAGUCAAGGUUGAAACAGAAUUCUACUUAGGAUUUCUUAAUGAUUGCCUUAAGAAUAUAAGUGAUAGCAAUACAAUGUCUCAAAAGCAAGAAUUAGUGGCCAAGUUAAAUGAAAAGAAGAGGCAACUACUGUUAAGUGUUAAACCCCACACUAAAAAGAUGCAAGCACCCAAGCCACCACCAAGACUAGAUGAUAGCACUCCACCUAAUGGUGUAUCACCGUCGUUUGAUCUGAGACCUGUAGUUUCACAACAACACAUUACAGAAGAGAAUGAGGCGCCUCUGUCACCUACAAAAUCAACAUCAAGUGAAUGUAAAGAUAAUGAUGAACUUCAAAAUAAAGCAAAUAUCAGUAAACUAUCAUCAAAUCAAGUGUCAUCAGAUACUGACACUCAGGAUGACAGUCAAGACAGUAGUGAGAGCAUUAAGCCCAAUGCUAUCUAUGAACUAGUACAGGCGGUAAGAAAGGAGACACAGCUUAGCCAUGAGAUGUCGAAAGUGGCUGUAGAAACCAUAUUGAUUUCUUUGAGAGAAUUUCUUCCUGGCGGAGCAGCAAGAUCUAUCAUAGAUGCACUUUUACGUGAGGCUAACAGCAACAUAACGUGCCCUAAGAAUGCCAUUAACGCAGCUCCAGAUGCUCUCCGUAUGAUGACGGCACUCAACUCACUUUCCAAGGCAGCAAACGAUGCUCAACAAAGAGGCUGGGCUCUGCAUGAUGACGCCCAUGACAUACAAACGCAAUUACUUGAACUGAUAUCUGUUAUGUCGAAUGCUGACGUAAACAUCUCGCAGUAUGUUUUGAGCAGCCACAAAUACGCCUAUGUGACAACUUUGGUGUCGUACUAUCAGAUGGAAACUAGAUGGCCCUUGCGACAAUUACUUUUACAGGCAUUUGGUGUGAUGUGUGGUUUGGAGAGGACUGCUCUAGCCACACUCGCGCUGUCCGCGCUGCCGGCCGAGAUAGCGCGAGACAUGCGCGAUAAUAGCCGCGCUGUCAGCAGGCUCUCACAUUCCGCGUUACUAUUGUCCAUGGUUUUGUCUAUGGGGGACAAACUGCCUAUCACCCACUUUGAACAACUAGGCGAGGAUUUCGCAGAGUUUGUACUAGAACUGAUAGAAAACCCGCCGGAGACUGAUGUCGAUGAGCAGAUACCCGAUUUGUUCUUAACGCUGCUGCUCGCCUAUAAUCUACAGUUUGACAACUCGUAUGAGAAUCUUUUACUUAACGCUUUGGAAACGAGGGAUAUCGCCAAAACUUUUUGCGAAAAAGUCCUUUUGCUUCUUAAUCACGAAGAGGAUCCAGUUCAUAUUUUCGACCAUGAGCCAGCGCCUCCACAUUCAGUCUUGAAACUAGUCAUUGAUCUCUUCAGUCGCAAUAAAACAGCUGAUCAUUUUUACACCAAUGACGUAAAGGUUGCAAUUGACAUCAUUGUCAGGCAAUUGGCAGAUCUCUCUCCAGGUGACACGCGUCGCCAGCAGUACCUGAAGAUCCUACAGGGUAUAAUUCGCAACACAGAUUACGGUGCCCACGUGCACCGUCGAGACGACCUGUUGCGUUGCUUCGCUCGAAUCUUCUGUGAAGAAGGUGACAGCAGUCGAGAUGAUCAGGCCCUCGUACGAGCUAUAUCUAAUGAAUUCCCACAGUUUUUUAAACCCUAA